AUGACCGAAAAGCAGGAAGAAUCAUCAUCUGGGGAUAAAACGAAGCCAACAUUGUUUCCUCAAAUAGUCGGCAUUAGAGUUCGCAAACGAGUUGAUCCUGCUGUUUCUCCUAAAAUUUUAUACACAAUUAAAAGGACAUUUACGACAUCUAUACGAGGCCGACGAACCCAUUAUCAGAUAUUAAAAGAUGGACAGAUUCUUUAUUCAGCGAAAUUAAAAUCAAAAAGACAAAGUGAACCAAUACCAAUUUCAAAUGGUAGUGAUGCUCAUUAUUCUUCGACCAAUAACGCUGCAUAUUUACUUUGUGGAGAUGGAAGAAUAGAGUUUUCAUUGCGUGCAAAAGACCAAUACGGUCCAGAAGUAAUAACUAUUCAACAUUCACAUAUUCAGAACGAUAAACACUUACCAAAAACACUUAAAGUUACACUAUUUCUUAAAGAUUCUUUGAUACCCCACAAAUUAAUAUCAAAACAACCACAAAUGACAGAUGAUAUGGAAUGGGUUUUAGAUUUCCAUAACAAGGAAUUAAUACCAAGUACAAAAAACAUUAUCCUGAUCAAUGAAGAAAACACUCUCGAAUAUUUACUUGUUAGAAAGGUUUCUAAAGAUACACUCGAGGCAGACGCCGUGUCCUUGUUUUCUCCAUUAGCUGUUUUCGGUGUUGCACUGUCUCUUUACGUCGCUCCUGUUUAA